AUGGAACCGUCGCGGAAAAGACCACGUCGGGAAAGCGACGAAGGCGUGCCAUCCAGGACGCUGCCGGUUCCGCACAACGCUGGUCAGGGGGCUGAGCUGCCUGGGCUGCAACAGUAUGGACCCGACCAGGCGACUAUCGUCACUAGCCUUUCCACAGAGCCGGUAGUGUGCUAUGGCAUGGUUGGGUUUUCCGGCACUUACACGGCGGACGGCAACAGCAUGCACGAGGAGUCGGACUCCUUCGCCGUCAUCAUUCACUCACAGCGGGAAUUUACCCCUGCAAAUCCCCAACCUGUCUCUGGUCGCGGCGAGUUCUCCUCCGACUCCCUUGCCGUCGUUGAAGCCCUGCUGAACGAGUCGAGCUUGCGACUCCAGGCGAGUUGCGCGGUUGGCGGCCCCCUACCCCUGAAAGCUCCAGCGAGAUCAAGGCGGUUUGGGCCCGUUUCCCUCGCAUGCAAAGUGUCCAUCAUUCUCUACGGGCCACAGGAUCUGAUGGACAGCGUCGGCGAGUUCUUCCAGGACGUCGAUAUUUACCUGCAAGACCCCAUAGGCUGCGACAUGGACGUAAGAUACUGCAACCCCCAUCGCCUUUUAUCGCUCGACAUAAACGACUGUCCGAUGACAUCUGAGUUGAACCGGCUGGGUUCUGAGCUUGACUCGGCCCUGUUCCAGAACAUCCCUGGCGAAUCUGACGUCCUGGACGUUCUCGAUGCUCAUCAGGACUUGCCCGAAGCACCUCAACCAGCACUGAUCCGUUCAUUGCUCAGGAAGCACCAGAAGCAAGCAUUGACCUUUUUUCUCCAACGUGAAGCUGGUUGGAAUUUCGACCCUCGCUCUGCUGAUUUUUGGGACUUUCAGCAAACCAGUCAGGCAGCGUUUUUCGUCAACCGCAUCUCGCAAAUCCCCCAGACGGCUGAACCACCCGAGUUCUGCGGCGGCAUCGUUGCUGAUCCCAUGGGUCUGGGUAAAACAUUGACAAUGAUCGCCCUUAUAGCCGCGGAAAAGCACUCUUCAUCUUCGGCCGGCUGGCCGUCGCUCAUCCUUGUGCCGCCACCCCUUCUGGACACUUGGGAAGAGCAGCUCAAAGAACAUGUCACCCAAGGCGGAUUGACCUGGCGCCGCCACUACGGAAAGGAUAGACUUACCAAAGCAGACGAGGUCACUCUGUACGACAUUGUAAUAUCGACAUAUGAGACGGCAAGAGCAGACUGGGGCGGGGGGCAAAAGACGGCGGGGAGCCUUCUAUUCUCCAUUCCUUGGAGACGAAUAAUCCUAGACGAAGCCCAUAUAAUCCGGAACACCAAGUCACAGAUUUCCCAAGCAGUCUGUGCCCUCGACGGCGCUGCAAGAUGGGCCAUCACGGGCACGCCCAUCCAGAACAGAAUCGGAGACCUCGCAGCCCUGCUCAAAUUCAUCCGAGCAUAUCCGUACCAUGACACCAAGCGGUUCGAGACCGACAUCGGCCAGAUCUGGAAAAUGGGGAACAUUGAGGAGGCAGUCAACAGGCUCAGGAAACUCUCAGGGGGGUUGAUCCUGCGGCGACCCAAGACGGCGAUUGAGCUGCCCCCACGGACCGAUUUGAAGUUCCCCAUCGAGUUCCACGCGCCGGAGAGAGAACUUUACGAACACGUAAAGCACCAAACAAUGGCCAAAAUUGAGGAGGCAUUUCAAGACGGGGACAAGGGCGGCUUCCGCUCAAGAUCAUACAUUACCGUCCUACAGAGAAUCAACGCUUUGCGCAUGAUCUGCGACCUGGGGCUGAAUUUCGGCUCCAGACACGGCCUCUCGGCAAUUGAAGACGCCCAGGAUGACCGUCGCCGAGAUUGGUACACCAUUGCCCAAGAGGCAUUCAACCUGGAGCGGGACACGUUCCCGGUCGUCUGCUCCAGUUGCUCCUAUCCCUGCGACACUACGGCGGCGACCUUCGCCCACCGCUCGUCAGAGUCCUCCCCGACAUCGUAUUAUGCGGAAUGCAUGAGAUACAUCUGCAGCGACUGCGCUCAGCCGUACCUCCGGCAGAAGGAGGCCGUCAUGUGCGGACACACACCAAACCACAGAGUUGCGCCUGUCUCCUUGGGCUGGACGAAUUUAGAGGAGCGUGCUGUGCCUAGUCAGAUUCAUCAGCUUCAGCUUUCCAGCAAAGUCACGGCCCUCAUCUCGCAGCUCAGGUGGCUUCCAGUCGAUACGAAGAGGUCAAACCCCCACUAG